GAUAGACAGACCGACAGACAUAUAGAUAGAUAGACAGAUAGAUAGAUAAACAGAUAAGACAGACAUACUGAUAGACAAAUGAUUGAACGAUGAUAGACAGACCGACAGACAUAUAGAUAGAUAGACAAACGAUUGAUAGAUGGAUCAACAGACAGGUAUAUAGAUAGAUAGAUAGACAGACAGACAAAGAUAGACUGACAGAAAGAGUUAGAUAGACAGAUAUGAUGAAUGGAUAGAUAGACAGACGGACAGGUAGAUAGAUAGAUAGAUAGAUAGAUAGAUAGAUAGAUAGAUAGAUAGAUAGAUAGACUGACAGAAAGAUAGAUAGAUAUGUUGAAUGGAUGGAUAGACAGACAGAAAGACAGGUAGAUAUAUAAACAGACGAUAGAUAGAUAGAUAGAUAGAUAGAUAGAUAGAUAGAUAGAUAGAUAGAUAGAUAGAUAGAUAGAUAGAUAGAUAGAUAGAUAGAUAGAAAGGCAGGCAGAUAGAUAGACAGACAGACAAGAUAGAUAGAUAGACAGACAGACAAGGUAGAUAGAUAGAUAGACAGACAGACAGACAAGAUUAUUCUAAUUUUUUCUAUUCCAUAGACUUACCCAGACGUUACAUUUUACUAACUUUGAAUGUGAAUACAGUAAAAGUCCCUUGAUACAGUACGCUGCACUCCCCCUCAGAAUCUGCGCGCAUGCGCGGUAGCGUACAGCGUCAUCCGGGUUCUUCGCUAGAAUCCCUCUGAGAGGAGGCGGGAAAUGGCGUCCCAGCAGCUGUAGAUCUCUCUGUCGUUCUGUGACUCGCGCUCAGCAGAGAAGCGACCGAGAGACGCGCGCGCGGACCGCUCCAGCCGCCGCCGCCACUACAACCACAACCACCUCUGCAUCGUGUCGCUCUGACCCCUGGCAUUCUUACAUGUGACUUUUGGGACAAUGAGGCUGAGAGUGCGUAAGGCAUCUCAGCAGCGGAGCGCCACCCCGUCCGCCCGGACCGCUAAGACCAAGAGGAAGCACUCCGAGGUGGAACACACUUUGUCCUCCGAAGACGCCAAGAUGCAGAAGCGAGACACGGGCAUUUUCUCCACCAUUAAACGGUUCAUCAGAGGCAAUGCUGUCAAGGUGGAGCAGUGCACUCCUGCUAAGAGAAGCCGUAUAGACUGCGAUUCGGACAGUAAUCUGAUCACAUCCACUCCGACCGGUGGGAAUCUGCCCAGCAGAGCAAACCCCAGAACCCGCAGGAAAGGCCCAGUCAAUGGAGACACCAUGACGGGUCAGAGUAAACCAGUGAAGCCCAACGGGAAGCUGGAGGUGCAGACGGAAACUCCAAGCAGUCCACCCCGCACCACCCUCCUGGGAACCAUCUUCUCUCCUGUUUUUAGCUUCUUCUCACCCGCCAACAAAAACGCUACGGCGGGCUCAGAUUCCCCGGGGCAGGCGGUGGAAGCGGAGGAGAUCGUGAAGCAGCUCGACAUGGAGCAGCUCGAGGAAACCCCGACCAGCACUACCACAGACGGUCGAGACCUGACCUUUGACCCUGCACUAAACCCCAGACCGCUGCCUCACGUAGACCCAUCGGUAGAGGAAGGAGAGAUCGUCACAGAGGCUGAUAUGCCACCGCUAACUGUCGUGGGAUCCAACAGCAGUUAUCCGGAUGUCCCGCCAUCGCCUCCAGCAGAAGGGACUUACGAAGAGGACUGGGAAGUUUUUGACCCUUAUUUCUUCAUCAAACACGUGCCACCCUUGACUGAAGAGCAGCUCACCCGUAAGCCUGCGCUUCCUCUGAAAACCAGGAGCACCCCCGAGUUCUCUCUCGUCCUGGAUCUAGAUGAGACUUUGGUUCACUGCAGCCUCAAUGAAUUGGAGGAUGCAGCCUUGACCUUCCCUGUGCUUUUCCAAGAUGUCAUUUACCAGGUGUAUGUCCGGUUACGGCCAUUCUUUAGAGAAUUCCUGGAGCGCAUGUCUCAAAUUUAUGAGAUUAUUCUCUUUACUGCUUCCAAGAAGGUGUAUGCUGAUAAGCUGCUGAACAUCCUGGAUCCUAAAAAACAGCUGGUUAGGCACAGAUUGUUUCGCGAACACUGCGUAUGCGUCCAAGGCAACUACAUCAAAGACCUUAACAUCCUCGGGAGAGAUCUCUCCAAGACGGUGAUCAUAGACAACUCACCUCAGGCUUUUGCCUACCAGCUUUCCAAUGGGAUCCCCAUUGAGAGUUGGUUUGUGGACAAGAAUGACAAUGAGCUCCUAAAGCUGGUGCCGUUUUUGGAGAAGCUGGUAGAACUGAACGAGGAUGUUCGGCCACACAUAAGAGAGCGAUUUCGCCUGCAUGACCUUCUACCCCCGGACUGAAUGUCGCAGCGAAACGAACAUUUCUUGCCAACCUGACUGUUUUUAAGCAGUGGGGAAUUUACACCAUGGGGGAAGGAAAAUUUGCCACAAACUCUUUGCCAUAAGGAUUUCAACUACAGACCUGCCUACACGGGCGUCCUUUUAUUUGGGGAGGGAGGGGGUUUUCGGGGCUUUGGACAAAUGUUUUAAAACAAAUGACUCGAUGUAUGCAUAUGUUUUCUAUACACACACAUUUAUGGAACCGAAGGCGAGGCCGAGAAGAUCAUUUUUGAUUGGUCGUCCAUCUCGGCUCUGCGGUGGAGUUUAUGCCCGAUUUUGACUUUAAGGUAAAGCGCUGUGCAGAAGUGGACUUGCGUCACUCCUUUUGGUGCUCAAAGGGACCCUCUGCCCUUCCAGGCCACUGGCUUUUACUUCAACGAGAAUGACCGGUUGAAUAUAACUAUAUAAAACAUGAAUAUAUACAUUCAGCUAUGUGUGUAUAUGUAUAUAUAACAUUUGUACAUAUAUAUUUUUUCCUGUCAAGUUUGUAAAACACGACUUGCCCUUUGGUUUUAAUUCAUUAUGCAUUCCUUUUUAGUUCAAGGUCUUUUUUCAUAGACAAGCUGGCUUUUUAUUAAUUUUUUUACUCUAGAUUUUAUGUAUAUUUAAUGGCCUAUCCAUUAUGCUCUAGCUUUUUCUCGUAAUCCGGUGAAAUGUAAUCCAAAAUCCAGUCACACCCCACAUAUGGAAAACAUGACAAAAAUGCUCAUUUGUAAAUUUCUGUCUAGUCUCUAGUUGUGGCUUUCAGUUACUGACCGCUUACUACCAUUUAUCCAUGUCAGCCCUAAUUUGGGGAUUUUAACUUUUCUGUUCUUAGUUUGUUUUUAUAUACAAGUAUAGAUUAAGUGUAAAAUACUGUAUGUGCUUUAAAUUGCUUUUCUGUGGAGAAAAAAAAAAAUAAUGCUUUGUCUCUUUCUGAAAUGUCCGGUAAUUGUAGCACCAGCACAUGAACUAGCUUAAAUCACUGCAUACCUACAAUAUUCCGUGUUUUGCCCUCAUUCCGCUUCUCCUGCGCUCCUGCUUUGGAAACUGUUUUAGGAAUUAUCAUGUACAGCUCUACCUACCUCUGAAGGGUAGACCUUCCGUUUCAUUCAGUGUUACCCCAAUGUUUUUUAUUUCCAUGGACAUUAAUACAUGAUUUUAAUGUACCAGAAUUGUUCGAAUUGGUUUUUCUUUGUCGUUUGGGAUGAAAGUAUCACAUGUGGCCUUGAUUUGUUCGUUUUAUCCUGUACGGAUGAAUGUUUUCAGUUAGAACUAUAAGCUCAUCAUUACGGCUGAUGAUUUUGAAGAUUGAAAUUUAGAUUUUUUGGGAUAUUUAAUAGUUUUUGAGAGAAUCGGUCCAUUUUAACCUCUGGCAGCUCUUGUCAAUUUAGGCAAAUAUUUUCUCAAAAUGGCAGCUUCUGUUUUGGGAAUAUGAACAUGCUGUCAAUCACGCAAUUAUUUUUUUUUUUUUUGAAUGCAGUGGAUGAAAUGAGUAUUUUUUGA